GGCUUUACCUACGUUAGUAUCUGUAAGCAGCAUCGUUAUAACGCAUUUCAGAGCUGAAAAACAAGGACCGUUCAAACUGCGCCAGGUCUUUUAUACAUGUAUUUUGAUUAGUAUAACUAGACGAGCUGGUGUGAUUUUAGCGGUGGCUGUGUAAGACGCCUGUCUGAGCUGUAGGAUGCUGUACGCUGAGGGCUGUGACCGUCCACAGGACAAUCAACGCUGUCUGCAGUCCGAUCGAAUAUUCAUUGCCGCCUAAAUGCAGCAGAUUAACUAAAAGGUGUAGUAUUUCCGGUUGUGCACAAGAAGAUGAAAGGUAACUUGUUAAAAGGAGAAAAGUUAUCCAGAAAAAACAAAACCAAACGACUGCUAAAUUGUGAUAAACAGCCAUUGACAACAAAUGGUGAUGGCAUUAGUUCUGACACAAACGGAAACACAAAAACAUCUAAUGCCACUCAGGACUGUGCUGUGGGCACCUGUCCCGCGGUCACACAGAUCAAACCAGAAGAAGGAGAGCUGGAAGCUUUGGGAGUCGUGAUGGUGUCCUCAGAACAACACCAACAGAAGCAGCAGAAAAUCAGCCUGCAGCCACAUCCUCCUGCGUUCAGAGCAUUCGUUCCAAAGUCAGAACCAGACUGUGUCCCGUUAAGCCCACCUAGUUUUCAGGUCAAAACCGAGCCUGUCUUUUUUGAAGUGCUGCAGAGAGAGUCUACUUUGAUUGUGAAGGAGGAGAAUGACAGCUGGAAGGAAGUGAAGCUUGAGACGCUAGAUGAAAAUUCAGUGGGUGAUUCUGGCCUGGAGAAAAACACAGCUUCCUCCUCCCUGAUUUUUCCUUGUCCCCAUUGCUCUGUGACAUUCACUGACUUCACAUACUUGGACAAACACAUCAAAUGGUGCCAUCGAAGCGAAUACUUGGCAUGGGUGAAAAACCACAAAGUCUACAACUGCUCUAAAAUAUCCUCCGGGAUGCUCAGCUGCUCGGCGUGCCACUAUCGGUUCUUCUCUCAUAGGCAGCUGGAGACCCAUGUGCGCAAGGCCCACCUUCCUACACCCAAACCCAUCAGAAAACGCUACACCUGCCCACAGUGUGAUCGCAGCUUUGACUACAUCGGUAACCUGAAAAACCACUGCCACAGAUGCCAUGGCUUAGCCACGGAGUGCAAAGAUGGACAGAUUAGUUGUGCUAAAUGCGGUCAAAGCUUUGCUGGAGUCUGGGGUCUCGGACCACAUCGCUGCCACGAGGAUGAGAAGAAACCCAUUGUGGGUGUCGACGAACCCAUUUGCACGGACCGUGGCUAUUUGUGCCGAGACUGUGGCAAGAACUGCUCUACACUUCAAUGCCUGACGAUACACAAACGCAUUCAUACCGGCGAGAAGCCAUGCGUCUGCGAAGAUUGCGGUCGUGGAUUUCAUGAUAUGGGGAGUCUGCGGAAUCACAAAGUCAUACAUACAGGAAUCCGGCCAUACAAGUGUCUAGAAUGUGGUAAAGCGUUCGCCAGGAUGGCCCACCUCAGAUGUCAUCUGCGAACUCACACGGGCGAAAGGCCGUACCCAUGCCCCCAGUGCGGGAUGAGAUUCAGUCACCGAUCGACGCUUCGCAUCCACCAAGAUAUUCACUCCAAGGAAAAACCAUUUUCUUGCCCCGACUGUGGCAAAAUGUUCUCCGCUCUGAGGUACGUGAAGGUCCACCAAAGAGCGCACAACUCCGAGCGGAUGCUGCAGUGCAGAGAAUGUACGAAGACGUUUUCACGGGAGGACGUGCUCAAAAAACACUUGCGCAUUCACACGGGCGAGCGGCCGUACCAGUGCAAUGUCUGCACCAAGCGUUUCGUCCGCAUCUCGCACUUGAAGAACCACAUGAGAACGCACACUGGCGAGAAACCGUACCGCUGCGAGCUGUGCGGCUCCAGCUACGCCCAGUCUGGAGAUUUGACCAAACACAUGAGGAGACACACGGGGGAAAAACCCUUCGCCUGUUCUGACUGCGACCGCCGCUUCAACAACUCGGGCGACCUGAGCAAGCACAGGCGCAGUCACACGGGCCACAGACCCUACAAAUGUAUGGAGUGCGGGAAAAGUUUUCUCAUGCCUCAGCACCUGAAGUUACACAAACUAACACACACGGGCGAGAGGCCGUACAGCUGCCCGCGGUGCCUCCGCACCUUCACUCGCCCGCACCAUCUUUCUCAGCACAUGGAAAAGCACAUAUAACGAUGGAUAGCUGCUCUACUUCUGUCAAAUCUCAGUUACAUGUAGAAUGGGUGGGAAAUGUUUCCCUGGAGGGCCACUGUCCUGCAGAGUUUCUCUCCAGCUCUGAAAAAAUACCUACCUGUUUCCUGAAGACCUUAAUUACCUUGCUCUGCAGGGACACCUGCCCUCCAGGAUCAAGCUGCCCAACCCAGGAUUUAGAUAAAUGAAUUGGAAAUCAGCUCACUUCUUAAAAGUUACUGAGUCCGGAUGCAUAGUCUUCCAUUCUGGACUGCCCUUAAAGGUUUAACAUUAUAACUAUUUUGCAUGCUCAACUCCUUUGGAGAUAUCGAUUGAAUAGAAUUAAUGCCUUUCAAUUAUUUUUGUUAAUAUGGGUAGUGAAUGAAUCAUGCUUUAAAGUGUCUAUUUAAGGUACGGGUGUCAUUAGCAGUUUGGCUUGAAUUGUUAAAUCGUUUAAAGUUCAUAUUUAAUAAUUUAAAGACACUGUUGGUUCUCAAGAGUAAAUGAAGAUGAGAGUUCUACUGCUGUGGCCUAAUAAUAUUCUAUAAUAAUAAUAAUUAUUAUUAUUAAUAUUUUAAUAUUAACUUGUGAGCUGUAUGAUGGAAGCAUUCAAGGGCUGCGUCAUCUUUAAUUUGAGGUCUUUCUCUUUGCUGUACAAAAGGCACCCUCAAAUAUGAACACAAGAUGAAUGUGAUUAAAAAAUUACAGAAUUCUUCAACACAUUUACAUUCUAUUCAGUUCUAUUAAUUGCAUUUUGUGUAAUAUGAAAGUAUGUACUAUUGCCUCAUUCAUUUUUAAUCAUAUUUUCAGUUGCCUUGUGUGCAACAAAAAACAAUUUUUAUUUGCUGCCUAAUGCUUUAUGGAGGGUACUGUAAAUCUGUUGAACUGCGUGUUGAAUUUUCACCAAGUAAAUACUGUAAUGGGUUGGUUAUUUUCAGUUCAUUGUUGUAGUUGAUCCAUUUAAAAUCACUGUUCGAUGCCAAAGUAUUCUGAGAGUAAAAUUUUAUUAUUGUGUCUAGUUAAGAUUAAAUAAUUUUACAUGUGUGCUUAUUCAUGAUGUAAGAUAAAAAAAUAAUAUGAAGGUUUAAGAUAUAAGUUCAUAAGUUUACUGCUUAUUAUGAAAUAGAUGAUGAAAUGAAAUGAGUUGCGCUAAAUACAACUUAAUGCAGUGGUUUUGUCAUCAUAUUGGCUUGAACUGUGCAUCUGAAACUGUAGUCUUAUCUUAAAACAGUAAAUACAAUAUGCAAACCAUGGC